GACGCAGUUUCUCAUCGCCCCGUCCAAAACCUUUCUCCUUCUGUCCCGCAAACCCCCGAGAGAUCACAGGAUGUUCGGCUUCGGUCACCACGGCCACCAUGGCCAGAACCCCCCCGCCCACGCUCCGCCCGCCGCCGGCGGCAACCAGCCCACCUUCAAGAUCUUCUGCAAGGCCGACGAGGGCUACUGCCUCUCCGUCCGCGACGGCAACGUCGUCCUCGCCCCCUCCAACCCCCGCGACGAGCACCAGCACUGGUUCAAGGACAUGCGCUUCAGCACCCAGAUCAAGGACGAGGAGGGUAACCCCGCCUUCGCCAUCGUCAACAAGGCCACUGGCCUCGCCGUCAAGCACUCCCUCGGCCAGUCCCACCCGGUGAAGCUGGUGCCAUUCAACCCGGAGUUCCUCGACGAGUCCGUGAUGUGGACGGAGAGCGGCGACGUCGGCAAGGGCUUCCGCUGCAUUCGCAUGGUGAACAACAUCCGCCUCAACUUCGACGCCCUCAACGGCGACAAGGACCACGGCGGCGUGCACGACGGCACCACCGUCGUCCUCUGGGAGUGGGCCAAGGGCGACAACCAGAGCUGGAAGAUCCUCCCCUGGGGCGAAGAGGCCUACGCCGGAGGCAGCGCCAACGCACCACGCGGCGGCUCCUCAGAGCCCACCGUGCGCAUCUUCUGCAAGGCCGACGAGGGCUUCAGCGCCACCGUCCGCAACGGCACCGUCGUCCUCGCACCUAGCAACCCCCGUGACGAGUACCAGCACUGGUUCAAGGACAUGAGGCACAGCAACCGCAUCAAGGACGAGGAAGGCUACCCGGCCUUCGCCCUCAUCAACAAGGUGACAGGCGAGGCCCUCAAGCACUCCCAAGGCGAGGGCCACCCUGUGAAGCUGGUGCCAUACAACCCCAACUACCAGGACGAGUCGGUGUUGUGGACUGAGAGCCGCGACGUGGGCGCCGGCUUCAGGUGCAUCCGCAUGGUGAACAACAUCUACCUCAACUUCGACGCUCUCCACGGCGACAAGGAGCACGGCGGCGUGCGCGACGGCACCUCCCUCGUGCUGUGGAAGUGGUGCGAGGGAGACAACCAGCGCUGGAAGAUCCUCCCCUGGUAAACGUGUCAUGCUGCUGAAGCUGCAUUGAUCGCCACCGGGACACGGAGUUGGUAGAGAUCAGCCUGUGAUCUGUUGCCGUGUCGGUAGAAUAAAAGUCGUGUGCGGUCGGUGGUGGUGAUGCGUCCGUGAGUUUGUGUGUUUAGUUUCUGUCCUGUCGUUGUGUCCUGCUAAUGCGAGUGUAAGCAUUUGGCACCUGUGCUUGUUUUUCAGACCAUGGAUCCGUGAUGAGAACCUCUGUACCGUGGCGUCAUCCUUGCCUCUAUGCGAAUGGUAUUUACUGUCUAUCUA